GAAGGGAUUGGGGUUUUGACCAUCUCUAUCUUGUGCCGGUAAGUCGUGCUUUCUUUCUGGCGGGCGGUCUGGCGUAUUUUCCUUUUUGCAAGUGGCAGAGCGGCUGAGUGGACUGAGGUCUCCUCUCUCUCGACCGUUCCGCUACUUCUUCUUCUGCACCUCUUUGGUCUUCUCUCUUUCUAUGCAAUUACUUAUUGAUCUCUCGACAUCAUCAACAUCACUCUUUAGCAUCUGCAAUUUCUAGGGCUCUCGAAGAAGCAGCGAUUGUAACUAGCUUCAUGAUGGACAGGAGUUCUACUGGGCAUUGGUACUGGGGUUGUUUUGGUACCAUUCUCAUGAAUCCAUUUGCAGCCUGCAGGCUAGAUCAGUUUGGUUUGAAGAGAGCGAGAUAGCAUUUGAGUAUCACUUGUUUAUUGAGCUUCGCAAAUUGCUUUAAUUAAAGGGCACUCUUCAAGUUUUGUUAGUAAAUAAAUUGUUGGCUUUGCAUGUACAUUUUGAGCUGUAAGUGAUUCACCAUCUGCAAUAAUUGAUACAAUGGGUGGGCUUUGCUCGAAGAGAUCUACUGUUGAUAGUGCUUCCGCUGGAGGGUUUCCGUGUGUGAAUGGUUACGUUAAUAAUGGGUCAGGAUUGGCUUAUCAGUCUCGUGAAAUCAAAGUUAAUGAUGGGUCAGGAUUGGCUUAUCAGUCUCGUGAAAUCAAAUUUAAUAAUGGGUCAGGAUUGGAUUGUCAGUCUCAUGAAAUCAAAAUAAAUAGUGAUGCUUCUCCCUAUACUGUCGGAGAUAUUGUGGAUAAUAGGGAAUUAAGAGAACCCUUUUCGUUUCAAGAGAUGAAUGCAACUCCAAGUGCAGUAAGCCCUGAUGAUAUCAAUGAUGGAAUUCCUCGCUUGUCAAGGGUUCUAUCUCACAAAUCUAGAUCAACCAAGCCGAAACAAGUUGCAGUUGCAAAGGUAACUCCUAUCUUUGUUUCAGAAGUAAGUUCACUUCUUGGCAGAGCUGGUACUGCUGGGCUUGGGAAGGCAGUGGAAGUUUUGGACACACUUGGUAGUAGCAUGACAAAUUUGAGUAUCGGUGGUGGCUUUACCUCUGGGUUGGCAAAAGGGAAUAAAAUUUCAAUUUUGGCUUUUGAAGUUGCAAAUACAAUUGUUAAGGGUGCUAAUCUAAUGCAAUCACUGUCAAAGGAGAACAUUGAACAUUUAAAAGAAGUUGUGCUCGUCUCAGAAGGAGUGCAAAAUUUGAUAUCAAGAGAUAUAGAUGAGCUACUCAGAAUUGCUGCAUCUGAUAAGAGAGAAGAGUUGAAAGUGUUUUCUGGGGAGGUUGUACGUUUUGGAAAUCGUUGUAAGGAUCCACAAUGGCACAACUUGGAUCGUUAUUUCGACAAAUUGGGUUCAGAACUUACACCCCAAAAGCAGUUGAAGGACGAAGCAGAGACGGUAAUGCAGCAAUUGAUGACUUUGGUUCAGCAUACAGCUGAAUUAUAUCAUGAAAUGCAUGCCUUGGAUAGAUUUGAACAAGAUUAUCGGCGGAAGGCUCAAGAAGAAGAUAACUCAAAUGCUGCUCAGAGAGGAGACAGCCUUGCUAUUUUGAGAGCAGAGCUAAAGAGUCAAAGGAAGCAUGUUCAAAGUUUAAAGAAAAAGUCACUCUGGUCCAAAAUAUUGGAAGAGGUGAUGGAGAAGCUUGUGGACAUUGUCCAUUUCUGGCAUUUGGAGAUCCACGAAGCCUUCGGUAAUGCUGAUUGUGAUGUGCCCACAAAAGUUUCUCCUAGCAAUCACAAAAAACUGGGUUCUGCUGGUCUUGCAUUGCAUUAUGCAAACAUAAUUUCUCAAAUAGAUACUCUUGUGUCUCGAUCAAGUUCUGUGCCUCAAAAUACACGAGAUGCGUUAUACCAAGGGCUGCCACCUAAUAUAAAGUUGGCAUUGCGCUCCAAGUUACAAUCAUUCCAGCUUAAAGAAGAGCUUACUGUCGCACAAAUCAAAGCUGAGAUGGAAAGAACUUUGCAAUGGCUUGUUCCAAUUGCCACAAACACAACCAAAGCUCAUCAUGGGUUUGGUUGGGUUGGAGAAUGGGCAAAUACAGGGUCUGAUGUAAAUCGGAAACUUGUGGGUCAGACCGACUUGCUCAGGAUUGAGACUCUACACCACGCUGAUAAGGAGAAAACUGAAGCUUACAUAUUGGAAUUGGUGGUCUGGCUUCACCAUCUAGUGAGCCAAGCAAGGGCUGGCAAUGGUGGAAUCAGGUCUCCUGUUAAAUCUCCAAUUCGGUCUCCAAACCAAAAACAAAUUCACUUAUCCAAGCCCAGCUGCUCCUCGCCGAUGUUGACGAUUGAAGACCAAGAGAUGCUACGUGACGCGAGUAAGAGGAAAAAGACGCCUGGGAUUAGCAAGAGCCAGGAAUUUGACACUGCUAAAAACAGGCUAAGCAAGUACCAUAGGUUGAGUAAAAGUAGUAGCCAUUCGCCAACAAGCGAAAGUAUAAAGGACCCCAUCCCCAUCAGGAGGCUAUCAUCAGUCCCUACCUUUGACUUCGGCAUCGAUCGCGUCAAAGCCUUGGAUGUCAUUGACCGGGUGGACACAAUUCGAAGUUUAUAGCAGCAUAACUCACAAGGCUGAUCAAGUAGCAGAGGCAAAAUGGGUUUAUCCUUCUGCGAAGGAUCUAUCUGCUGCACGUACUAAUGUUGGGUGAUCUCUUGGAGCAAGUUGGCGGCAAACAAUGACAUUUACCAGCCAGGCUGCCAGAGAUAGCUUUUUUGUAUGACCCCGAUUUCUGUUGAUUUUCUCAAAAUCAUGUAGCCAACUUUAAACUUUUGAGAUAAAUGCUCGGAUGAUGAUGAUACAAAUAUGAUGAUAACACGUUGUUGGGGGAUUUAAUUCUUCUGUAGGUUUUUAGGCUGUAGUUUUCGGAAGUUCUACCUGUACAGAUAACAUGAUUAUUUAUAAUAAUUUAUGAAGUUCACAUUGGAGAAA